CCCAAAUGGAGAAAAAAGGUCAAUAAUAAACAAAUGGAUUCUAAAACCCCACUAGGCUUCUCUCAGACAAAACACACACACACUAGUUUCCUCCAUUGACACUAUCCCACUACCUUCAAAAUCCCACCUUUUUCUGUUAAAUCAAAUCUCUAUCUCUCUCUUGAUCUCUCUUGACCAAUUGAGAGUAGAAGAAAACGUUUUUGUUGAAACAUGAAGAUGAAAGAUUAAUUGCACAUAGAGACCCCUUUUGAUUACUACCGUUCUCUUCCACCAAACUCGUUUCUGUCUUUAAUUUCCUUUUUUUUUUUUUUUUGUGUGAGCAUUAAAAUCUCACAAAAAGAAAAAAAAAUCAUUCCUUUGCUUCUUUCUCACUGUUCCUUUGUUUCUUAUUAUUCUUCUUCUUGCGUUUUAAGUCAUUUCUCUUCUUCUGCCACUUCGAUUGCUUUAAACUUGGAGCUUAAGAUUACACAUCAAUUCUUCUUUGUCUUCCUCGUGAUCAUCGAGGAAGCUUGAUCUCUUCUAUGGAAUGGAGAUUUUGAUUCUCCUCCUUUGGAUCUGUCUUCUUUCGUCGGUUUUAGUUGUUGGUUCUUCUUCCUCUGGAUUGGAUUUGUUACCUCCGUUAUCAUCACCACCGUCUCCACUACCGGAAACUCCAAAAGGGUUUGGUCAAGCACCGAGUAAUUCACCUGAAUCCGGCAAUGUGCCGCCGUCUAAAGCUUCUCAACCGUCUCUUCCUCCUUUAGCUGAUGUGGCAGCUCCACCGCCGUCAGAUUCCGCCGGAGGUAAUGCACCGGCCGGUGAGCCUAUUGUCUUGGUUCCUAAUGCUCCAGCUCCAGCAGCAAUACCCGUGAAGGAUUUGCCCGGAACUUCGCCUCCGGUUCAACCCAUUACACCGGUUGCUUCACCACCUCCAUUCGUUCCAGGAGAUGCACCAAAGGAGCCUCCUUUCUCAGGAAGAGUUACUCCGGGCCCAAUUUCAUCCCCUGUUUCGGAUAUUCCUCCAAUUCCAUCAGUGGCUCUAUCUCCGCCUACACCGAGCAUUGUACCUCAUAGAAAUGCCUCUAACAAUCACAAGCCUCCUAUCGAAAAGCCUAGUGCUCCUGUUGCAUCUCCACCAACGAUAUCUAUUGACAUUUCACAGCCAGUCCAUCCCGUCAUACCCAAGUUAACACCCUCUAGUUCACCUGUACCCACCUCGACUCCAACUAAGGGAUCUCCGAGAAGAAAUCCGCCAACUACGCACCCAGUAUUCCCCAUAGAAUCUCCUGCCGUCUCACCAGAUCCUGCUGCAAAUCCAGUAAAACAUCCACCACCCAGUGAGAAUGGAGAUGAUAACAAAAGUCCGGGUGCUGCACCCUCAAAUGAAACUGCUAAACCCUUACCUGUCUUCCCACAUAAAGCUCCUCCUCCUUCGAUAGCUCCCUCAGCCCCAAAAUUCAACAGACACUCACAUCAUACAUCUCCAUCUACUACUCCACCGCCAGAUUCUACUCCGAGUAAUGUACACCGCCAUCCUUCAUCAUCAUCUCCUCCUCCUCCUCUAUCUUCACACCAUCAACAUCAUCAAGAACGAAAGAAAAUCACAAAUAGUCCAGCUCCUUCGUCACCACCACCGCACCUCAUAUCUCCAAAGAAGUCAAACCGUAAAGGUUUAAUGACUCCUCCUCCAUCAUCACAUUAUGCUCCUUCUCCUCCCAUUCCUGCUUCUUUGAUUUCUCCUGCUCACGCUCCAAUCCCUUCCACUAUGCAACGCAUCUCCCCGGCUCCAUCACCUUCUCCAACCCAAGUGUUUCCUCUCAGGUCCUCUUCAAGACCUUCAAAAUCUCGGAAAUUCCCACUCGGUCCACCGCUUCAAGCAUUUCCCCCUCCUCCCCCUAAUUCAGAUUGUACUUCAACUAUUUGCUUGGAACCGUACACAAACACACCUCCAGGAUCUCCAUGUGGCUGUGUCUGGCCAAUUCAGGUUGAGCUACGGCUUAGCAUGGCGCUCUACGACUUCUUCCCAAUGGUUUCAGAAUUUGCUCGAGAAAUCAGCGCGGGGGUUUUCAUGAAACAGAGCCAAGUCCGUAUAAUGGGAGCUAACGCGGCUAGCGAACAACCUGACAAAUCCAUUGUUCUUAUCGAUUUAGUCCCGCUUGGUGAUAAAUUUGAUAACUUGACCGCAAUGGUGACUUAUCAGAGAUUCUGGAGUAAAAAUGUCUAUAUAGAUGAACCAAUCUUUGGCGGAUACGAUGUGAUUUACGUGCGUUAUCCUGGUUUACCGGCUUCCCCGCCAACUUCCGGUAUGACCAUUAUAGAUCCAGGGCCAUACUCUGGUAAUAAUAACGGAAGGGCAAUCAAACCACUCGGAGUUGAUGUUCCAAAGAAGCCGCACAAGAAAGAUCUCAAUGCUGGAAGUAUUGCUGUGAUUGUUUUAUCGGCAGCUGCUUUUAUCGGUUUAUGUUUCAUUAUUGUUUGGUUCUUGGUUUUCCGGCGACAAAGAGAUCGACGGCGUCUUUCUAAAAGAGCACCACUUGCUCGCCCUUCACUGCCUUCCCUCUCGAAACCAUCAGGCUCGGCGAGAUCUUUAACUGGAAGCCGGUUUAGCUCAACUUCGUUGUCAUUUGAAUCCAGCAUUGCUCCGUUUACUCUCUCUGCAAAGACAUUCACCGCAAGCGAAAUAAUGAAAGCUACUAAUAACUUUGAUGAAUCGAGGGUUCUUGGUGAAGGCGGAUUUGGACGAGUUUAUGAAGGUGUUUUCGAUGACGGAACUAAAGUAGCAGUUAAGGUAUUGAAGAGAGAUGACCAGCAGGGUAGCCGAGAGUUCUUGGCCGAAGUGGAAAUGCUUAGUCGUCUUCAUCACAGAAACCUCGUGAAUUUAAUUGGUAUUUGUAUCGAAGAUCGUAACCGUUCCCUGGUUUAUGAACUCAUACCAAAUGGCAGCGUUGAAUCUCACCUCCACGGAAUCGAUAAAGAAUCUUCGCCUUUAGAUUGGGAUGCUCGGUUGAAGAUAGCUCUUGGUGCGGCCCGUGGUUUAGCGUAUUUACAUGAAGACUCAAGUCCGCGAGUUAUACACAGAGACUUCAAGUCCAGCAACAUCUUGCUUGAAAACGAUUUCACACCUAAAGUCUCUGACUUUGGAUUGGCUCGUAAUGCCCUUGAUGAUGAAGAUAACAGACAUAUAUCAACACGCGUUAUGGGAACUUUUGGGUAUGUGGCGCCGGAAUAUGCAAUGACGGGGCAUCUUUUGGUGAAGAGUGAUGUGUAUAGCUACGGAGUUGUGCUUCUCGAGCUACUUACAGGGCGGAAACCAGUGGAUAUGUCUCAACCACCCGGACAGGAGAACUUAGUUUCAUGGACUCGGUCUUUUCUUACGAGCACAGAAGGGCUUGCAGCUAUUAUAGAUCAGUCUUUAGGACCCGAGAUCUCAUUCGAUAGCAUAGCUAAAGUCGCGGCGAUAGCUUCGAUGUGCGUUCAACCGGAAGUAUCACACCGUCCUUUCAUGGGAGAAGUAGUGCAAGCUUUGAAACUUGUCAGCAACGAAUGCGAUGAAGCUAAAGAACUCAACUCUGCAACUUCAAUCACUCAAGACGAUUUUAGAGAUGACACUCGAGCUGAGAGCUCUUGUGGUGAAGGCUCAGCGAGGAUGGCGCGGUAUCCAUUGCUACCGAAUUACGACUCUGAGCCUGACACAGAGAGAGGACUAUCUACAUCGGAAAUGUACUCGGGGUCAGGGAGGUUCGAGAGACAGUCUAACUCGGGUCCCUUGACCUCAGGUCGAGGCAAGAGGUUCUGGCAAAAGAUGAGGAGAUUAUCAACCGGAAGCUUGAGCGAGCAUGGAACACCAACGGUGAUGUUACGAUCCGGUUCUCGUUGAACAUUGGAGUCUUUAAUAGCCCGUUUAAGUUAAAAGAAAGCAGGUGCCUUGUCCUACAAGCAACUCUUUGCCUCAUGGAAACCGGUUAAGGGAAAACCGGGAGAGAUCAUCAUUCCCGGUUCAACAAUUAGUUGAAUAGAUCUUUGUAUCUUAGAAGAAACAAGAGAUUCUGUUUAAUCUAAUUUGAAUGUACAUAUCAAGUUUCAAAGUAAGAGAGGCUUAAGCAUUAAGCAUCAUUCUUCACAA